AUUCAAACCAAUCGGCGGCCAGGAUUGUGCAUCGUACGAGAGCUUCUGCUGCGGCUCCACUGCGAUGGCGGAGACAAUGAAGCUCAGUGGAAACCACGCAACCCCUCAUGAAUCCAGCAAAUUGUCUAGCUACAGGGACUGCAUGUGUGUGAUGUUGAAGCUUUUGUCGGGCUUCGGGAAAGAGCUCAAAUUAAGUGACGCUGUUCUGAGAAUAGAAGUCAACAUUGAUGCUGUGGAUCUGCCGUCAUCUCCAGAUGCUCACGUGUACAACUCUUUGCAGCAGCAUGUCACUCAAUUACAGGCCGUAUCAGAAAGCUUAAAGACGCUGGUGGAGGCUCACCGUGUUACAUCAUCUACAAAAGACAACGUUGAUGCUGUGACCUCAUCGUCAGUCAAAGAGCAAACCACCGCAGUGUGUGAACAGCAUCCUCCCAGCCCAGAGGAUGCAGAAAGCGAGACGGGGGCUGAUGAUGUCAUGGUUCAGAUCAGAGCCAGGAAGUCAGAGAUCGAGCGGAGAAUAUCUGCAUUUAUGGAACGCAAGCAAAUGGAGAUCAAUGAAAACAAUGUACGCGAAUUUUGCAACGUGAUCGACAGCAAUCAGGAAAACAGCUGUGCCAGAACAGAGGCAGUCUUCACUCCAUAUCCAGGUUUUAAAAGCCAUGUGAAAGUUACACGGGUAGUCAACACUUACGGACCCCAGACACGUAGUGGGGCAGGCCAAGCAGAGGUUGGGGAGCAGCACAGGGGGCAGAUGGCAAGAGACUGUGGAAACGCAGCCAUUGAAGAACGACUUCACAACAUUGAGACUCACCUGAAACUCCCAACAGCUGGCCCAGUUCCAUUGAGCGUCUACCAGAGACUAAAGAAGCUGGAGGAUCGUAUCUUGGAGUUAGAGGGACUCUCACCAGAGUACUUUCAGUCCACGGGUCACCUCCACAAACGACCAAAGACGUCCCCUGCUCAGGCCUGUAGUCUGUCGGAGCUGGAUGAGAAGAUCAGUGCGGUGAAAGCAGCACUAAUGAAGAAGGUGAAUGAAUAUGGGCCGGGAUAUGGAGCAGAGUGUCCACUGUGACAUCCCUACUCAACAGUACACCAAACACACUGCAUCCUUUAUUAUAUGCAUACAUUUUUGAUUUCUUUUUGUGUCCUGGACUUCUGGGAAAAAAAUGUAUUACUCUAAAUAGUUUUGUAUUUAACUGAGAUGUAAUUGUUCCUUUUAAAUAAAGAUAUUUUCUUCCUUGGAAAUCCAGAA